CAGAAUCCGGAGGUGAUACUGAAAUUGACGCAUCUACAACAAAUUCACACAACGAAACAAAGUCCACUGAAAUCGAUGACACCAUGCCAACGACAAAUUCAUACAAGCGAAACAAAAGUACACCGAAAUUGACAACAUUACGCCAACACAAAUUCACACAAGCGAAACAAAGUCCACUGAAAUCGACGACAUCAUACCAACGACAAAUUCACACAAGCGAAACAAAAUCCACCGAAAUUGACGACAUUAUGCCAACAACAAAUUCACACAAGCGAAACAAAGUCCACUGA